GGAGCCCUUUACCGGGAGAUUCUUGAGAAGAAUCUGCUGCCAUCCACCAGGAUGAUGAAGAUGAGACGUGGAAGGACCUUCCAGCAGGACAACGAUCUAAAGCAUACAGCAAAGGAAACUCUCAAUCGGUUUCAGAGAAAAAAAAAUCAAGGCGUUAGAACGGCCCAGUCAAUCACCUGACUCGAAUCCAAUUGAACAAGAUUUAAAGACAAUAUGUUUAGAAGAAUGGACCAAAAUCACACCUGAAUACUGCGACGCAUUAAUUUCUUCAUACAGGAAGUGUCUUGAAGCGUCAUUACAAACAAAGGCUUCUCCACUAAGUAUUAAAUACAUUUCAGUUAGUGGGUUCAAUACUUUUUUCCCGUGUCAUUCCACUUUAUUACACAUAACUUCAUUCAUGGACUUUAAUGUUGUGAAAUAUUUCUAUUUCCGUAUUUCUUGAGUUAAUACUGAUGUCUGGCUCAAAUUUCAUGUGAACAACCUCAUUGGAAAUAUAUUUACUGAUCCGCUUAUCAAAUCAUCUGGACUGGACCUUUCCUCAGAAUCCUCACAGCCUUGCUUGUUAUUGAUUUAAAAUGACCACGUGACCGGUUAGCCCCGCCUCGUACACUGUAGUGAAACGCAUUCUGCUGUCAGCCAAUCAGCGGCAGAGUUUGUCCCACAUGUGUAUUGUUUAAACUGCUCGACGCGAGCGCAGCACUCCGAGCCAAACUUCCACACGGAGCUAUGGCGGCUGCUGUGUCCGUUAGCAGAGCUGCCGGAGAGGAGGCGUGCUGCGCUGGAAUUAGCGCCACUACCCGUCCGCUUUAUGAGAACUAUGAUCAAGCCAAGAUAGAAAACUGGGCUGCCGAGAAACGCAGAGACUCCGAGGCCAACCCGCAGCACGAAGAGUCGGCGGCAGGGCGCGACUUUCCGCGCAGGGCUGAGGAUGAGCUGACAGCGCUCAGCCCGGAGGAAAUCGCCAGUCGGCUGGAGAGAACUCGAAGAGAGUUUUACAACCGCCGCAAAAUCAUCAUUAAAAAUCUCCCCGCUGACGUCACCAACCAGGAGGUACACGAGUUGUUAAGAAACUAUGACCUGAAGUAUUGCUUCGUGGACAAGUACAAGGGCACAGCUUUUGUGACUCUGCUAAACGGCGAGCAGGCCCAGUGCGCGAUCGAGGAUUUCCACCGGCACGUCCUGCGUGAUCGGGAGAUCUCCGUGCAGCUGCAGCCCACAGAUGCCCUGCUGUGCAUCGCCAACCUCCCACGGGCCUUCACGCAGCAGCAGUUCGAGGAGCUUGUGCGGCCCUUUGGCAACUUGGAGCGUUGUUUCUUGGUGCACAGUGCGUGCACGGGCCACUCCAAGGGCUACGGCUUCGUGGAGUACAUGAAGAAGGACUCAGCCGCCCGGGCCAAAUCGGAGCUGUUGGGUAAACAACUCGGCUCGCGCAUGCUGUACGUGCACUGGACUGAAGUGGGAUCGCUGACGUACACCAUGCUGCACUCACGCUGCCUCUGCAUGGACCGCCUGCCCCCCAGCCUCCUGACUGCUCAGGAUCUGCUGAACGCCCUGGCUGACACGCCGGAGCCCAUCUUCUGCCAGCUCGCUCAGGGACAAGAUGGCAGUUUUCGGCGGUUUGCCAUUUUGGAGUACUCCACGCCAGAGAUGGCAGAAGAGGUGCAGCGAUUAACUGAUGGACGGACUGUAGGUGGUAGCCCUGUUCGCAUGUCCUUCUGUGCUCCUGGACCUCCAGGCAGGAGCAUGCUGGCAGCACUUAUCGCUGCACAGACUCUGGCUAUAAACCGAGGAAAGGGUCUACUUCCCGAACCUAGUGCCAUGCAAAUACUCUCGAGUUUGAGCAACCCGGCGACACUGAAAUUGCUGCUGGCUCCUCUCAAUCAAGGACACAAACAAGGUCUGCUCGGUGCAGCCCCAGCGAUGCCACUGCUCAGUAACCCUGCUCUCUCCGCUGCUCUGAUGCAGCUGCUGCUUCAGAACCAAGUCCAGCAGCAAGCCUUUCUAGGAAACCCUCUUCUUUGGGCACAGGUUCUGCACAGUACCGAAAGCCGUCUGCCCCCCAGUGCUGGACUGCUCGGUGAAAACCCUCUGGCUGCUCUCCCUCUUCAACACGGCGUGAACAUGCUGGGAGAUCUGCCUCAUGGUGCCAUGGCUCCUGGCUUGGGCAUGCAAACGGAUCCUUUAGGCCCCAUAAAGCCCCCGUCUCUGGGCCGGACACUCGGGAGGGAGCCGGAGUCCGCGACUGCACCGAAUGGUUUUCUCGCAAACCCUUCUCCUGCAUUACAGGGCCUGAGCGUUCCACUUUUGGGGAGUGUGCUAGGAGCAGAUGGGUCCACACUUCCCCCGGCAUCUUUAUUAGGAGAGCCACCCAAAGAGAUCGGAGUGUCCUCGAACCCCUUUCUGAACUCACCCAGUAUAUUCCCCUCCUCUGCUGCCAACUCCAGGCCCCACCCAUACAGGAAGAGACCAAUGCCAGGUGGCAUGGCUAACCAGCGGUCCUUCCAGAGCAUCCACUCUAAUUAUAACCUGCGCUGCCAAGACUCGUAUGAUUUCCCGGCACUACACCAGGACCCGGUCUCUCACCUGUACGAGCAGCUGGAGACUCUGGACAGCACUGGACAUCUGGCCUUUGGAGCUCAGCAUUCGAGACAUGGCGCUAUCAGGGAGAGAACGUCUCCCUUCGCUUACCCGUCUAGCCCUCCUGCCUCCUCCUACUUUGGCUUUGGUGCUCCUGGGAGUAUGCCCUCCACCCAGCUCAAUAAGGCCGUGGGAAUGCCUCCCAUGACUCACUCCAGCGUUUACUCUGCUGCUCCUGGAGGUGGAACUAAGACUCCCGUAGGAGGACAGAAGCGUCUCUUCUCGCGCCUGAUCCCGUCUCCAGAGCCCAGUCCAGAGGGCGGCUACGUGGGUCAGCAUUCUCAGGGGCUCGGGGGUCACUAUGCUGACUCUUACCUGAAACGGAAGCGCAUAUUUUAACCCCCUUGCUCAUUGGUGCCGUAGUUGACCCUUGCAGGUGGUCAGUGAGGGACCGAAAGAGAGAGAGAGUGUGUGUGUGUGUGUGUGUGUGUGGCGCGUUUGGGAAUCCAGGAUCCGGGAAACCUCCUGUGUUAACCUGUUCCGUGAAUGAUUUCAGUGCGCAUGUAAAUUAUUUUUAUUUCCUUAUUUUUUUUCAUUUUAACUCCUUUAAUUUGCCUUUUUUAAGUUUUCUUUCAUUAACGCUAAGACCACAGGUACCUCACAAAGGAAACAUCCCCUUCCUCCCUUUUUUCUUUCUUUUUCGUAAUCCGACUCCCCUUUGAUUAACUGUUCUGUAUAUAGUUGAGUAGCAUUCAUGAAUAGAGUCCUGAAUAGGGUCAUGGUUCUAGGUAACGUGUGUGUGUGUGUGUGUGUGUGUGUGUGUGUGUGUGUGUGUCCCAGCAGCGGUACCGGUAGCUGCUCUGUUCUUUUGCGUCACCGUGUUCUGAUCUGUAUUUCAGUGUUGAAACUGUCCCGGUCCCCUUCCCACUUUCUCCAUCACAAGUCCAGGUUUCCAGCACGAAGUGUUGCGUGUUGCACUUAGAGGAUGCGAGUCACAUGAAAUUUUUGCCUCCCUCAUUGUCCUUUCCUCUCUAGCCAUUUUGUACUGUCUUCCUUCUCAUGGUUUCCUUUUUUCUCUCCUCCCAGUUCUGUCUGUAGUUUUGCUGUACCCCACCCUGAUCUCCACUCAGUACUAGCCCCUGUACUGCCAGCAGAAGGAGCUGGUUAGCAUUGAGGAAAAGUGCUUUAUCUCAUGUGCCUGGUUUGCUUUUUUUUCUUUUUAAAAAAAAUAAUUUUAUCACUGGAACGACUGAGUCUGGAGCAGGCCGGACCUGUGCUCAAACAUGAUGGUUCUUUUUUUUUUGUUUGUUUUUUCCCUCUCCUUUUUUUUUUUUUUUUAAAAAUCGCUAUUACUGCUGUAACUGUACCAGCUCCAUCUUGACUCCUGUAGGGGAGGAGUUCUCACUGACUAGAACAUGGCUGGAUUACGAGUACCAGAUCUGUGACUUGCUUAAUCUGCCUGACCUUUCGAUUGUGGACACUGAAUAUCUCUAGCAUGCUGCAGUUCAUGAUCUACAAAUGGCUCUCGUCGUCUAAACUGCUGACGUGUCGAGUGUAAUCUCUCCCACACACUCUCUUGAACCUACAGACUAGUGUGGUAUCAUAAAGAACCAAAUGGACUUCAUCUGUGAAAUGACUGCUUUAGCAAGCGCACCAUCGUUUGUACAGAGCUUGUCUACGUCUUUGGGAUUUUUGGACUCGUAUUUGUUUAUAUAUAUAUAUAUAUAUAUAUAUAUAUAUAUAUAUAUAUAAUACAAUAUAAAAAUUUUUUUUUUCUUUUCUUUAUCGAGUCUGUAAUUAGAUCAGAAAUGCAGCUGUAUUUGUUUUUUGUUUUGUGUUUUUGAGUGAUCUUUGCAGCAUCUUUUCAUGGAGUUUACAUAUGCUAUAUGGACUAGUGUGGUAUCAUAGAGAACCAAACGGACUUCAUCUGUAAAAUGACUGCUUUUGCAAGCGCACCAUCAUUUGUACAGAGCUGCCAUGCUUUCAUGACUUAUACUUCAAGUAAAUGUUAUUUAAGUUCA